GGGUAGGUGGAGUUUCCGCUCUCUCCUGUCCUCAGACCUGGGUUUGUGUUACAGUGGUCGGGUGUUGCCACUUAACUUCCUCCAGGCUGGUGACCUCAACAGUUGUGGUCCAGUUCUACUAAGCCAUAAACUUCAGGUCAGACCUUCAUUCAGACAGCAAUGGAUCAACAAAAGCAUCGCACAACUGGUGUCCAGGAGAAGCUGGAGAUCAUCGGGGUGGAGGAUGAGGCCGGGAAACCCAUCAGUGCUUUGACCAUCCUGUCACUGCUGGAACGCGUGGCCGACAUCAUCGACAGCGUCCAGUCCAGCCAACAGCGUAUGGAGGAGCGCCAAGUGGAGCUGGAGAACAAUAUCAAGACCAUCCAGGGUGACGUUUUGAAGCUUGCCAAGGACCACCACAACACCAAUGGUACGGUGGAGAAGCUGCUCCAGAAGACCCGCAAGGUCAGUGCCAACGUCAAGGAGGUCCGGACGCGCGUCGAGAAACAAAAUGUACGAGUAAAGAAAGUGGAGACCACACAGGAUGAACUUCUCACCCGCAACAAGUUCCGAGUUGUCAUCUAUCAGGGGGAGACAGAGGUCCCAUCAGUCGCCGUCACCAAAUCUCCCAAAGGUCCCGGCCUGGAAGGCCUGGAGAUCGAGCCUGACUUGUACGAUGAUCCUGCUGACCUCUCCUCCGAUGAAGAGUACCUGAGCGUGGAGGAGACUGAGUCAUCACGAGCUGCUCGCCUUAAGAAGUCUGUAGUAAAGAGUACCGAGACCCUGAAGGCCGCCUUCACCAAGGAGAACAUGAACAAAACCAAGGACAACCUGGGUACCAAGUUCCACAACAUUGGUGAGAAGGUGAUGCCACCUGAGAGAAGGGAGAAGAUGCACCAAGCUGGUGAGCGACUUAAACAAUCUGGUGAGCGGCUGAAGGAAAACAUUGCCAAGAAAGCACCAAGCAAAGAGACCUUCCGCAUCAAGCUGAAAAAGGAGAGAGCUGUCGCCGAGGGCAAGGAAGGGGGCGAAGCCAGCGGCGAAGGUGGUGGUGAUGGGGCUGUGACACCAACCAAAGACAGGAAGAGCCCAGGCGUCACCUACACCGAGGUUGUCACGGAAGCCAAGAGGGAGAGCCCCCUGGAGAAGGCCGGUGCCGUGCAGAUAGAAGUCGGAGAUGAUGAUUAUAACCGGAAGUAGAUCGACCAUGAAGAAGCUUCACACAGCACCUGACCUGAAGAGGGGCGGGGCAUCAAAGAAGGAUCUUCACGUAAUGUUGCAGAGAGCAAGUCCUCGACAUGAUGACAUCAGCGAAGGACAUUUUUAUUUGAUGAACGUAUCCAAAUGGAAGACGUUCCUGAGUAGGAUUCUGAUCUCCAUGUUGAGAUGAAGAUUAUGAACCCGUCAAACCUGUUUUGGUUUUGAUUAACAUCAAUUUAAUCUAUCAAAUAUUUUCAGCUUUUAAAGGGUUAUUUUUAUUUUAAAUCUUCCAGCUAAGAGGUCAUUCUGAUGAUACUUUGUUUUUCAUCAAAUAACCACAUUUGUCGUUUAGUUCAGAUCAAGAGUUAAGGUGUAAAGAUGUGAUGGUGGAAGUUUGGGAUUUUAUUGAAGAUGGCAACAGCUGCUGAAUGUUGAAGUUUGAGUAUCGAUGUUUAAUUUGUGUGUGAAAUUGGCAUGUGAAGAUCUCAGCUGGUCUCUGAGAACCCUAGUGACUAGUUAAAACCAUUCAUUCAGUGAAUGGGAUUCAAAGUCAGACUAGUUUUUGUUUGUUAGUCAAAUCCAGCACAGAUUAGUUGAGCAUUAGUGGUGUUUGAACACAGCUUCACUGUUUGCUUGGAGAUCACCUGCCCUGCAUGUUUUCCACCCACUGCUAAUUAAGCCAGGUGUACUCAGCCAAUCAGGAGUCAGGAAACACUAGACCUGAAAAAGCAGCAGCAGGUAAUAUGCAGGGUAGGUGACCCCUGAGUAAGACUGACUGUUAAAUAAACUCCA